AUGGCUAACAACGAGCAAGGCGAAAUAGAACCAAAAACAUCAGAAAAGAAUGAAGUGCUUGAAGAACUGAAUUCACAUAAACAAAAGUUCGACGAAAUCACAGAAAAGCUGCGAUCAGUGGAAGAAUCGGUUUCGAAAAUUUCCAUUUUGUCGAAUAAUCAAAGCAACACGGAGCUGAAACGAGAAAAGAGAUUUGUGCUGAAGCAUGAGUUCAAAAAUGUGGCGAAUUUAAGAGAAGGCGACUCGAUGAAAAGCAAAAAACAAGAGCAUUUCAAUGCUAAAUGGAAUAUGGGACUAAAGCGCUACGAAAGUCAUGUUGAAUUUUAUUUGUAUUGUGAGCCUGUUGCUCCUGUCGAUAAAUGGACAGUUGAAACAAAAUUAAAGUUCAGAAUGAUGGUUAAUCACUACGACGAAGUCUCUAAAACAACGUUACACAGUUUUGGUGAUGAAUAUAAUUUUGGAAAUUCGUCCAACUUGGACUUUGUUCAUUCUGACCAAUCCCUUAAGGAUUGGAUUGAAAUUUAUAAAAGUUUAAUUGUUAAUGACCCAAGUCGCAGAAGCGAAUGGGAACGUGUUCUGAAGGAAACUCAGUCUUUAUUGAAGAAAAGACUCGGCGGAAAUGAUUAUUUUCUAUGGGAAGAUGUGGAGUAUUAUAUGAUCGAUGAUAUUUUGACCUUUCAAGUUGAAGUUAAAAUUCUAAAAAUGACCGGAUUUGAAAAAGAGAAAAUUCGAAGCUUCGACGAAUCACAGAAAGACUUUUCUGAUGUGAUUUUGAUGGUAAAAGAGACCAAAUUCUAUGUCUUAAAAAAGAUUAUAAUGGAGCGCGAUGUGAAAUUCGAAGAGCCGCAUAUGAAAAAACCGAAAAUCGAGGAGCCAGAUUGGGAAGAAGAAAAACCUGACCCAAUCUUCAAUGAGCCAUUUAUCAAGUAUGAAGUAGAGGAAGAAUACACAGAGUUAAAAAUGUUUUAUGCAAAAAUCAAUAAAAUCAAUAAUUGUUCCAGACCGCCAAUUUUGGCGCCAGAAGCUGCUCCGAAAUCGAGAAAAUUCUCAGAAAUCAGUCGUUGUUCGAUUUGUCUGAAGUUCUUUGCUCUAAAUCAGUUGAAAACAGUGGGAAUCGAUGAAAAAUUGAUUUUGAUGACUGGAAAUUUGCUACGUGGAGAAAUUAAAUCGAUAGAAGAAGCCAGAAUUUUUAUGAGAUCCCAUAAUCAGAGUCCCCUAGUUUGCCGGGUCCAUUUUUCGGUGGCCAUUGUGGAAAUUUUCAAAGUUUUGGGAAUUAAACAUGUUCAAGAUAUUACAAGAUGUUCAAUGCAAUCGAUUAAUCAAUUGAUGUUGACUGUCCACUCUUUGGUGCUGAAUUCCAUCGCGAAAUUCGAUUUUUUGGAACUUUUUCGACUUUUUGUCCAGCAUUUCUAUGCAUCAGUGCCGGCGCAAGUACCGGUUAAAGGCCAAAAUUCGCGAAAUUGUUCGCUGUGUUUUAAAUAUGGAAAUCGAGAGACCAUCGUGGAAUUUGGUCCGGAAAUUGACGAAUUUCUGGUGAUGGUCGGAUGGGUUUUGUUGAAAAAAUGUGGUAUUAAUGAAGCGAAAAAGUUCCUAACAUCCACAUGUCCGAAAUUCGUUUGUAUCGCCCAUUUUCAACAGAUUGCAAGCAAAUUUUUUGGAAUUUUAGCCGAUCCGUUUGCGAUGCAAAAGCUAAUGGAUGUUAUUGAUUUGUUGGGAGCGAAAAUGACGGAGACUGAAUUUUUAUACAAAUUCACACAUUUCAAGGAUAGAACUGGCGUUUGCAAUUCGACGAAUCUGGUCCCGCGGCAAUGUUCUCAGGUCGCUCGAAAACCCCAUUACUACACUGGAGGAAGACAAGUCUGCGCAGUCUGUUUCAAAAUCGAUGACGCCACCAGAAUGGACGCAAUUCAAUCGAAAGAAGAGAAAAUCAUUGUCUUAACGGGUUGUCUAUUGAAUGGAACACUCAAAAAUUCGAAAUCUUCGGUGUAUUUCAACCCAGGAAACAUUCGAAACCGGAUUCACAUUUGUCGGGAACACGCUGGCGACGCCGUCCGAUACAUUUAUACAGUUCUGAAAAUCGAAGAAAUCAAUAAUUUGGCUUCUUGUUUUCCGGUCGACGUGGCAAAUGUCAUGAAGACUGCCGAAGUGCUCUGCUCGAUUACUGAACGAUACUUUUUCUGUUGUUUUUAUUAUUUUGUCACCAAGAAUACUGAUUUAACGACUCCCAAGAAAAUGUACGACGAAUAUGUGCGUCGAUAUUAUAGAGAAGCUGUAAAUUUUUGA